GAACAAGAAAAAACAAAAUCUAUCCCAUUGGCUGCCUUGCACCACUGGGUGUGUCUUCAACCAGAGUGGAUUUUUCAGGAGGGGAGAAGAAGGGGAAAGGAAACCAACUCACUGGCUGCCUUGCAUGUCUAGGCUUGUUCCUGUUUGGAACCUCCACUGAGCUCCAUGGCAUUGUUUGGAACAGGCACACUGGUGACUUCCCUUGUCUCAGGGAUAACAGCUUCAGCAGCCAUGGGCAAAGCUGGAGGGGCAGUCUCUGGCACCAUUCUAGCUGCCUCACAAGGGCUCAACCUACUAGCCCAGACUGCCCUGGGCUCAGGAGCAUCUGUGCUUGGAUCUACAUUGGGAGUACUGAAGGUUGGCACCAUCCUAUCGGGGUGCCCUGCCUCUGUCUUGGCUGUUUGUCCCACUGGAGCCAAGGCUGCUGUGGCUGUGCUUGGGGGAGCCAUGACCGUCGCUGCCGUCCCCCCCGUGCUGAGUGCUGUGGGCUUCACUGGGGCAGGAAUCGCUGCCUCCUCUCUAGCAGCUAAGAUGAUGUCCUUGUCAGCUAUUGCUAAUGGAGGCGGAGUUGCAGCUGGUAGCCUGGUGGCCACUCUGCAGUCAGUGGGAGCUGCAGGACUCUCCAUGUCAUCGAAAUUCCUCGUGGGCUCUGCAGGAUCUGCUCUGGUGACCUGUGUGAUGGGCAUCUGAGACUUGUAGCCCUUCUCUGCCCAGAGAAGGGGACACGGAAGGGGAGGUGACACCUCCCAGUUUGUCCAACCCCAGAGAGGAAUCAAUUAACCCCCGUGGACAAUCUGCCAAACGCCAAAUGCCUAAUUGGAAAUAAGAAAUAAAAUCAAAUGCUGCUGCCAGCCUUA